CCCUCCCCUGCCACCCAGAGCCGCAAUGGCAGAGCUGCCGGCGUCAGAGAUGCCGGGGGACCCCGCGCUGUGCAGCGGGCGCUUCACCAUCAGCACGCUGCUGGGGGGCGAGGAGCCCCCACCGCCCACUGCCUACGACAGCAGUCACCUGAGCCACGGCAGCACCUUCUACAUGCGCACCUUCGGCUACAACACUGUCGACGUUGUGCCUGCCUAUGAGCACUAUGCCAACAGCGCCCUGCCCGGGGAGCCCCGAAAGGUCCGGCCCACGCUGGCCGAUCUGCACUCCUUCCUCAAGGAAGGCAGCCACCUGCAUGCCCUGGCCUUUGACAGCCGGCCCAGCCAUGAAAUGACCGACGGGCUGGUGGAAGACGAGCCAGGCACCAACAGUGGGAAGAACCCUGGGGAGCCUGUGCGCUUUGGCUGGGUCAAGGGGGUGAUGAUCCGUUGCAUGCUCAAUAUCUGGGGUGUGAUCCUCUACCUACGGCUCCCCUGGAUUACAGGCCAGGCAGGCAUUGUCCUGACCUGGAUCAUCAUCCUGCUCUCCGUCACUGUGACCUCCAUCACCGGCCUCUCCAUCUCGGCCAUCUCCACCAACGGCAAGGUCAAGUCAGGUGGCACCUACUUCCUCAUCUCCCGGAGUCUCGGCCCAGAGCUAGGGGGCUCCAUCGGCCUCAUUUUUGCUUUUGCCAACGCCGUGGGUGUGGCCAUGCAUACCGUGGGCUUCGCAGAGACCGUGCGGGACCUGCUCCAGGAGUAUGGCACACCUAUCGUGGACCCCAUCAAUGACAUCCGCAUCAUCGGCGUGGUCACCGUCACCGUGCUGCUGGCCAUCUCCCUGGCUGGCAUGGAGUGGGAGGCCAAGGCCCAGGUGCUCUUCUUCCUCGUCAUCAUGGUCUCCUUUGCCAACUACUUGGUGGGGACGCUGAUUCCCCCAUCUGAGGACAAGGCCUCCAAAGGCUUCUUCAGCUACCGGGCGGACAUUUUUGUUCAGAACUUGGUGCCCGACUGGCGAGGCGUGGAAGGCAGCUUCUUCGGAAUGUUCUCCAUCUUCUUCCCCUCGGCCACAGGCAUCCUGGCAGGUGCCAACAUCUCCGGGGACCUCAAGGACCCUGCUGUAGCCAUCCCCAAGGGAACGCUCAUGGCCAUUUUCUGGACCACUGUCUCCUACCUGGCCAUCUCGGCCACAAUUGGCUCCUGCGUGGUUCGGGAUGCCUCCGGGGCCCUGAAUGACACGGUGACCCCCGGCUCGGGCGCCUGCGAGGGGCUGGCCUGCGGCUACGGCUGGAACUUCACCGAGUGCGUCCGCCAGGGCAGCUGCCGCUAUGGCCUCAUCAACUACUACCAGACCAUGAGCAUGGUGUCCGGCUUUGCGCCCCUGAUCACGGCUGGCAUUUUUGGGGCCACCCUCUCCUCCGCCCUGGCCUGCCUCGUCUCUGCUGCCAAAGUCUUCCAGUGCCUGUGUGAGGACCAACUGUACCCGCUGAUCGGCUUCUUCGGGAAGGGCUACGGCAAGAACAAGGAGCCGGUCCGCGGCUACCUGCUGGCCUACGCCAUCGCCGUGGCCUUCAUCAUCAUCGCUGAGCUCAACACCAUUGCCCCCAUCAUCUCCAACUUCUUUCUGUGCUCCUAUGCCCUCAUCAACUUCAGCUGUUUCCACGCCUCCAUCACCAACUCGCCUGGGUGGAGACCCUCGUUCCAGUACUACAGCAAGUGGGCGGCGCUGUUUGGGGCGGUCAUCUCUGUCGUCAUCAUGUUCCUUCUCACCUGGUGGGCGGCCCUCAUUGCCAUCGGCGUCGUCCUCUUCCUCCUGCUCUAUGUGAUCUACAAAAAGCCAGAGGUGAACUGGGGAUCCUCGGUACAGGCCGGCUCCUACAACCUGGCCCUGAGCUACUCGGUGGGCCUCAACGAGGUAGAGGACCACAUCAAGAAUUACCGCCCCCAGUGCCUAGUGCUUACAGGGCCCCCCAACUUCCGCCCGGCCCUGGUUGACUUUGUGGGCACCUUCACCCGGAACCUCAGCCUGAUGGUCUGUGGCCACGUGCUCAUCGGACCUCGCAAACAGAGGAUGCCUGAGCUCCGGCUCAUCACCAAUGGGCACACCAAGUGGUUGAACAAGAGGAAGAUCAAGGCCUUCUACUCGGAUGUCAUUGCUGAGGACCUCCGCAGUGGUGUUCAGAUUCUCAUGCAGGCCACAGGUCUCGGGAGAAUGAAGCCCAACAUUCUGGUGGUUGGGUUCAAGAAGAACUGGCAGUCUGCUCACCCAGCCACAGUGGAAGGCUACGUUGGCAUCCUGCAUGAUGCUUUUGAUUUCAACUAUGGUGUGUGUGUCAUGAGGAUGCGUGAGGGGCUCAACGUCUCAGAGGUGAUGCAGGCACACAGCAGCGGCCUGACGCACAGCAGCUGUUGCGGGAAUAUUGAUGCAACCAGUAUUCACAGACCAGCAACUGUGCUCCUGACGGACGCCGUGCUCGGUGCUGGGGGUACAGCAGGGAACGAAACCGAGUCAGCCCCGGGGAAGCUGGGUUCCACAGGACAGGCGGGGGACCCAUAA